AUGCAUGAAAUCGUCACCCUUCAGCUGGGCCAGCGGGCCAACUAUCUUGCAACCCAUUUUUGGAAUCUUCAGGAAUCAUACUUUACAUACGAUGGCACAGAGCAGUCUCCCGUUGACCAUGACGUGCAUUUUCGACCCGGUGUUGGAGCAGAUGGCUCGGAGACUUACACACCACGAACCCUGAUCUAUGAUCUCAAGGGAGGGUUUGGUACGCUGCGCAGAUACAAUGCUCUUUAUGAACUUGGCGAAGACUCCAACGCCGGCCAAGGAUUAUGGGAUGGAAGGGAAGUUGUCCAAAAGCAAGCACCGAUCACGCAAAGCGAAUAUCAAAAGAGCUUGGAUAUGGGCACACCAGCUCCUCGCUUGACUUCGGAAUCCGUCCGCUACUGGUCGGAUUAUAACCGGGUGUUCUACCACCCAAAGUCCAUCGUUCAACUUAAUGAAUACGAGCUGCACUCGCAGACUAUGCCUUUUGAGGAUUGGAAUGUGGGAGAGGAGCUAUUCAAUGAUCUGGACAAGGAGCAUGAUUUGCUCGACCGUGAUUUGAGACCACUAAUUGAAGAAUGUGACCAUUUGCGAGCGCUGCAACUCUUUGCCGGGUCAGAUGACGCCUGGGGUGGAUUCACAGCUCAGUAUAUGGAACGAUUGAGAGAUGAAUUUGGGAAGAAGAGCAUUUGGGUCUGGGCGAUUGAAGAUGGCACCAAGACACAACGGCAUCACCAAUUCAAGAAAGAUACGAACAAGGCGAGGUCGCUCUACUCGAUCUCACAACAGGCAUCGCUUUAUGUCCCAAUCAUUGACCUGCCUCACAAGCUUCCUGGCUACCUGGAGGUAGAUCGCCAAUCAGAAUGGCAGAAGACAGCCUUGAUAGCAUCGGCGAUUGAAACGGUCACACUACCUUCUCGACUGAAGCCGUACCAGUAUUUCGAGGCCGCCCUUGCCGGGGAGGAUGGGACACACACCAUCUUCGAGUUGCAGUCGUCCAUCAAUAAAAUCAAUGACGGUCAUACAAAGCAGUCGGCCAAUGAAGAUGAGCAAGCUCACGCCGAAACCGAGUUUGACAUUGACUUCACCUAUGACGGCGAAGACAAGGGCGCCCACAUCUUCAACCAAGUUCAGGUCACUCGUGGAGACGAGCCGGAGACGGCCUCCGAGUCGCAGGACCAGGAUAUUGGACACCUGCGAAAACUCAGACUCUACAAUUCAGAGUCUAUGCUUCAGAGUUUCCACACGCCGCUCAGCAUGCCUGUUCUUGACAGCUUCCCGCAUAGGAUGUUCCCUCCCCAGGAAGGCGGUCUCAACGUAUUUACCGCAUUGACCGCUUCAACACGAACGGCGCAACGGCUCAAGGCUUAUUCAGGAACUGCGGCACGUUUGGUGUCGGUUGAAGAGCGUGAGGCGCUUGUGAACGGACUCGGUGAAAUUCGAGAAUUCUACGAGACAGGGUGGAGCAGUGGCUCGGACGAUGAAGAUGACUAG